AUGGGCCGCGUCGGCCAGGCGAGAGGCACCAGAGGAGCAGCCAAGGCAAAGAAGGAGGCAGGCGCGGCUGACGGUAAGGCCGCAGCAUCCUCAUCGCGGCGAGCACAGCCGACCGCCGUGUCUGCCCAGCAGAGGCCAGCCUCAUCGUUGCCCAACUCUAUGGACGCGGACGAGCAGCUCGAGGAGAGUGUCUCACUCUUUGAUCGAGGCAGCUCUUCGCGAGAGGAAGCCGGUGAGUCAGUGGAGGAAGAGGGCGAGAGAGGCGGCAGCAAUCUGUGCCCAUCCUCAUCAGCAAAACGUAAACGCGCGAGUUUCCGCGCAGUACGUGGCCGCGGCAGCGCUCGUCGAUUUGAAGGGACGGUAGCUCACGAAGCUGGGGACGAAACGGACGCUAUUAUCAGCGGCGGCAGCGACGAGUUUUCAGAGCCACCCACAGAGGACCCCGUGAGUGCCAAUCUGGAGGAGGCGUUUGGUGGCAAUGAUGAGCCCGAGAGAGAGAGCGGCGAGCGAUGUAGCGGCAGCGGCACCGAGACGCGUUUGGACGGCGUUACCCAGGCGGAGGAAGGCGACGGUGCGACUGUGACUCGGCGAGCGCGACGCCGUAAUGUCAAGACCUCGACCGGGGGCGCGGACGCUGGCGAGGCCAAUGCAACCGGUACGCCCUCUUCGCCAGAAGAGAGCGAAGAGUGUGCGCCGGGCACGGCGGCCGUUGAUGAGGAAAUGGCAAACCGCUACUUGGCCCUUGCGUUCCCCGAAUUGGCGGCCGAAUACGCCGCUGCAGGCGACGGUGCCAACGCCAUCCCUGUCAACGAAGUCAUGACGGACUCGGCGGUGGUUGCGGCGUGGCGCUGCGUCAAGUGCGACCACGUCUGGCGCAGUGGUGUGUUUGUGCGAUGCAUCCUCAAGAACGGAUGCCCGCAGUGCGCUGCCAACCGGACCUCGACGCUGGCGAAGGCGCGGCCUGACCUGCUUCAGCUGUGGGACUACAACCGCAAUAAUCCGUUUCUCAAGCCUGCGGAGAUCUCGGCAGACAGCAAGGAGAGUGUGUUUUGGAACUGUCCAAUGUGCCGCGAGAGCUAUGCCGCUCGCGUGAAGGACCGGGCCCUCGACAAGGUCAGGUGUCCAUCGUGCGCGCUGUUGCGUUCUCAGUCGGCCGGUGUGCUGGCGUCGGAGGAGAGCGUUGUGCUGCAGGAGUGGCAUCCACUAAAGAACGGAGAUCUCCACAUAGAGCAGCUGUCGCCGACGGACACGAAGACAAAGGUGUGGUGGCUGUGCGCUGGGUGCGGGCAUGAGUGGGAAGCCUCGCUUACCGCUCGUCUCGCACGCUGGGGGCGUAGCAGGAGAGGUCUUUGCCCCGUGUGCCACGGAAAGGGUGUGACAGAGCUCGUGCAGUGA